AUGUCGGACGGCCAGACGAAGCAGUUUGGAAAGGGCCAGCGGCUCGUGCCCGCCCAGAAGGCUCAGAAGUGGUACCCCGUGGACGACGAGUCGCAGCCUAAGAAGGUCCGCAAGUCGAUCCGCCCCGCUAAGGUUCGCGAGACCCUCCAGCCCGGUACCAUCCUGAUCCUCCUCGCUGGCCGCUUCCGUGGCAAGCGUGUCGUCCUCCUCAAGCACCUCGACCAGGGUGUUCUCCUCGUUACCGGCCCCUUCAAGAUCAACGGCGUUCCCCUCCGCCGUGUCAACGCUCGCUACGUUAUCGCCACCUCCAAGCGUAUCGACAUUGCCGGUGUUGACGCCAAGACCCUCGAGAAGGUCUCUACUCCCGACUACUUCACCAAGGAGAAGAAGGCCGAGAAGAAGUCCGAGGAGGCUUUCUUCAAGCAGGGCGAGAAGCCCGAGAAGAAGAAGGUUGCCUCCGCCCGUGCCGCUGACCAGAAGGCCGUCGACCAGUCCAUCCUCAGCAGCGUCAAGAAGGAGGAGUUCCUGAGCAGCUACCUCGCCACUACCUUCAGCCUCCGGAACGGCGACAAGCCCCACGAGAUGAAGUGGUAA